GUCCAUAGCAGGUUUUGUUCGUUGCACGUACCUGAGAAUGAGACAUUAUUUUUGGCAAAACAUGUGGACAUACUGUGGAUCGAGUAAGUCAGCCAAAAGCAGAGGACAGUAGAAGAACACUCAACAUUUAACAUUUAAACCGGACAUAUAUACAAAAAGACGCAUAUCAGAGGUCAGAAAAAGGCUUCCGAAGGAAUACAUGCUUGGUCAUUAGAAUUCGCAAAAAAAUAUGGUUGGCAGCAUUCCUCCAAGAAAUCCUGAGAAAUGUCUGUUUAAACCGCAGAGACCGGGAUCGUGGCCAUCUGCUCACAGAUAUGACACUGCUAGGAGAUACAAAAUAAAAGAAUGCAUCCAAACGCCAACCGCUGAUUUGCACAGUGUUGUUCCAAAGGGGAGAAAAUGCAUUCAUUAUAUUGCGUCGGUAAAAUGCUGGCCCAGAGUUUACAAAUCACAACAAGUUAUCAAAGAUUUGGUAGAAAGAUGCUCAUACUUUGAAGACAUGUUUGAAUUGCCUGGGAAACAACAAACAGAUCUAUUAGAGAUAGACAUUUACAUCGACAGCAAUAUAGAACUCGACCAUACCAAAUUGCUCGUGCGAUGUGAGAAAUCUGAAACAAAGGGCACAGAGUAUCUAAGCGUAUUCCAGAGGAAUGUGGCAGAAGAGUCAUUUUCAAUGAGAGAGAAAUUUUCUGGAAUAUUCAUUGACAAGGAAGGAGUGAAACUUGUAGAAGCAGUUUCCUCUGAGCAAAUAGAGGUAGUCGUAGCGAAUCGAGUGAAUAAGGAGUCAUUUGUCGAACAGCCACACCAGUUCGAAUUGCAACGGGCUAAACAGGAAUUGAGCUCCAUUCUCGAGCUUUUCGUAUUCGAAAUACUAACUGCAAAAUUUAACAAUUUAAAACAGUUUUAUCAAAAUAGGAUGCAUGAACCAAUCAAAGACGAAACAGGCGGCAGUAAUGAAUCAAGUACCAGCGAACUAGUAAAACAGCACAAAGACGAUGUAGAACAACUGCUCGGUGAAAUAAUUGCGUUCUUCAAACGGAGCACUUUGCCGGAAAACAAACGCCCGGUCGGCCUUGGAUUUGAGAAGAAAGAAAUUAGUGAAAAGGUGAAAGAGCAGCUGUUUGGCCUUGAUAAAACUAUUCGAGGAUGCGGAUACUGUCACAGUACAUUUAAUGUAAAUGUUGAAAAACUGUCCGACGAAGAAGAAACUAUGAGACGCCAGAAACACAUAACGGAGUUUUUAGAAAGAAAUGGUGUUACAAAAAUUAAAUUUAACAUCGUCUCCAAGUCAGUGGCCGAAUAUAAACGUGUAGGUGCCAGGAUAAGUGUUCCUCGGGCCGCACAACCAACCUUGUACCGUAAAGGAACGCUUGGAGGAUUUGCAUCUUUCAGUAGGGGUAAAGACGAAUCUUCAUGUGCGCUGUUCUCUCAGCAUGUCGCACUAGGUUGCAGUGCAAAAUUGUAUGUCGAUGGUGACAAUGGAAAGCUGACCGAGUUCGGAGAGAUAUUAGAAGAUACAUUACAAAUUGGAAGCUAUGAUAUAGCAGCUGCUAAAAUACACGACCAUCAUGUUCCACAAUGUGAUGUUCAAUUCAAGAACUCAGAAAACGCUCCACUCCCAGGAAAACUUAAUACACCAGCAACUAACAUCGAUUUACAGGAUCUUCAUGUCCACUUGUGGGGAUCGGUGUCGACACCUGGACUUGGAAUAAUAAAAAUUCCAAAAUUGAGCUAUCCUGAGAUGACGGAGACGUACAUGCAAAUAGAAGACAGAAACCCAUCCGAACGAAUGGCUGUUGAAGGUGACAGUGGUGCCAUAGUUUGUGCAGAUGAUCUUGAUGACGAACACGUCCAUGUUAUUUCAAUGCUGAUAGGUACAAAUACUGACAAAGAAAAACUUAAAGAUCCCAAUGAGAAAAGAACAUAUAUCGCUUUUCCUGUACAGAAAGGCGUCGAACGUUUACAAAUGAAGACAGGUGGUACAUUUUCGCUCAGGGGAGUUAGCAAGGAUGAGCAAAAUUAA